AUUAUUUGCAAAUUGCUAAGCAAUUUGUCAUAGGUAAAUUUUACAUUAAUUAAAAGUGGUUCCCGGGAGCGGGUGGUGUGGGUUUUGUGUUUACAUUGGUGUGGGGAUGGAGUCCUAAUUGAAGUUACCUACAUUUACCUCCUUCAUAUAUAUUGAUUUUAUAUAUGUAAUCUAAAAACUACCAAAAUGUUUAAUUUUUUGAAAAUUCGCAACAUUUUUAAAUCGGUAUUAUUUAUAUCCCUAGCUUCGCUAUUUGUAUAUUUUUUUGGUAUUCUAAACCUACAUUUUAGUGACAAAAAUGAUUAUUGUUCUAUGACUUAUAUGUUUGAAUACCCUCAAUUUGUGCGGAUAUCAUUAAACGAUGAAAUUGCAAAGACAAAAUACCCACAAUAUGGGCUGUAUGCCUAUAGUGAAGGGAGGUUUACUGAGAAAACCAGAAAGAUGUGGUUUGAUGGUAUACCAGUGUUGUUUUUACCUGGAAACUCUGGCAGUCACAUGCAAGCUAGGUCCCUGGCUUCUGUUGCUCUUCGAAAAGCUAUAUCCAAAGGCUAUGACUAUCAUUUCGACUUUUUUACAAUAAGUUAUAAUGAAGAAUUAUCUGCUUUUUCUGGAAGUGUAUUGGAGGGUCAAAGUGAAUUUGCUGCUAUGAGUGUGUCACAAAUUUUAUGUUUAUACAAAUCUAAUAAAUCUGUACCAACAUCUGUUAUUAUAAUUGGACAUUCUAUGGGCGGACUUAUAGCAAAGAGUCUAUUGUCACAUCCAAUUACAAUAAACUCAGUAAAUAUAAUAAUAACGCUGGCUUCACCUCUUCAUGUGCCAGUUGUAAACUUUGAUAUAAUUAUGAAUAAUUUUUAUAACAAACUGGAAUGUCAGUGGAAAUCCUGCAUAAGUAAUGAUGAGGAUUUAAAACAGAAGAAAAUGAUAAUCAGCUUUGGAAGUGGUCCACGGGAUAUUCUUGUGCCGCCGGUUUAUACAUCUGUUGGUGAAAGCACUGUUAACAGCCUGAAUGCUUUGACUACCGCUGUGCCCGGAGUAUGGGUGUCACCGGAUCACGUGAGUAUGGUGUGGUGCAAGCAGCUAGUGAUGGCAAUAAACCGAUACCUGUUCGAUAUCAUCGACACUAAUACGACGCAGAUUACCGAAAACCCGCAACUUUUAAUGGCUAAAGCACGCCUAUAUUUUAAGGCGAAUCGUUCAAUGACACUGAGUCCAGAUAUAGUUCGUUCUGAAGUUAUUUUGCCAGCGGACGCAUUUUGGUAUGAAGAUAAUCGACGAAAUUAUCAGAUAAAUCGACCAAAUAUUGACAAGGUGACUUUCUUAAUGAUCCGUCUGGUGAAGUUUCCUCAGAAUAGAUUUGUUGCGAUAGAAACUGUGAACGUGAACGAUAAGGAUUGGAUAUUCGGUUGCAAUGCGAAGUUCACUCACAACACUUACAGGCAUUGCAAACAAGCAACAUCUUUGUCGGAGUUGAGUCGUUGGAGUGGCUCCGCGAAUGAAUCUGAACGUAGAAAAUUGGCAACCGUCGACCUGCAAGAUCUUAUGCAAACACAUCCUGACUGGUCUCAUGUCGUUGUUAGAGUCUCACCCACGAAAAAACCUGUAACAUUAAACGUUGAUAUCAACGACUAUUAUUCCAGAAAAAUAGAUAUAAAACCACCGAUAUUUGGUAGUAUGACAAUUAAACAGGAAACUGAACCUAACGCAAUUUACUAUGAGCUUGUUAUCAAGGAUAUGGUUUUUGUACAUCAAGCUUAUUUACUUUAUGUAGAGCCAAUAUCUAGUUGUCAAAGCAAACAGUAUCACGUGUCUGCGGAGUUUCACGUUCCUUGGGCUGAAAAUUAUGAAUAUCACCAUUAUUUUACACAUUUAAAGCGAUCUCCGAUGAAGUUACGACUAUUUAAGAGUAAUCCUAAUUAUACAUUAGAUGCAUCUGCGGAUGCGGUGAGAGUUACUUUGUUAUUGGAUCCAAAAUGUACUUAUACUAUUAGUAUAUCAGCAUCCUGGUAUCUCCGUUUGGGUGAGAUGGUGAGGAACUACUCCUCGGUUCUGUUUCCAUACGUUGCUGUGAUACUUUUGCUGGCAGCUAGAAGUAAUAUGAUAAAUUUGAACAUGCACGGCAUGUGUCUGUCUGUACAUCAAGCUUUGUUGUGUAAAUAUUCGGAAGCUUUGUACGCGAUAGCACUUUUUGGAAUUAUUGGUAUGGCUUUCACAUACAUUCCAUCGUAUUUAGAUGAAAUAGUGACGUUAAAUAAUCAAGAAUUAUUGUAUUUCGGGCGAUCAUUGCUAGUUGUAGGAACGUAUUACGCGGCCAUGGGCAUCGUUUUUGUUGUACACGCGGCUAUAUUAGCAAUCAUCGUGUUCAGCUCACAACUUGCAUAUAGAUUCUUUUUACGGAUUUUUUGGCGUGGUGGGGGCAACAUUGCGGAAAACGUAGCUACGGGCCUUCGUAAGUUACCGAUAGUAGUAACCUUGACUAUGGGCUUCACAACAUUAAGUUGCGGUGCCGCAGCGCUGGCGCUCGGCGCGGCCUUCUAUGCGUUUAUGAUCUCCAAAAUGUACGAAGACUAUCUCGAAGAUUACGUUUAUAAAUUGAUGGCGAUAAUAGGUAGUAGGAUAUGCAAGUUAUUUUCGUCAAAGAGACCAAAGGAAAAUAGCGAACUCUUAUCCAUAGACAGUAAAAACGACAAAGAGAACAAAGAAGAAACUAAGCCAGAAUCUAAUGUGUGCCAAUCGAAAGAGGAUACUAAAGUUAAUGAUGAUCACGAUGCCAAUGUUGAUGAAGACUUGAGUAAAUUAAACUUCCACAUGAUGAUGUUGCUCUUAUGGUUGAUAAUUGCUAUCGUAAAUGUUCCCGUACUUUUGACUUGGGCCAGGAAUUUUAAAUAUAAUGUACCUUUAUGUCAUGAUACUUCCUACAUCACUGGCUCUGUGAUGACAUUGUGUUCGGGUGUUAUUUGGCAAAUGGAUGCACCAAAACGAGAAUCGGAGUAUUAUGAAGCUGUAGCCAAUAUUAUUAUUCCAAUAAGUAUAAUUAUAUUUGUAUUAGGACCGUUUACGAUGACUAUAGUCAAUUAUGGUAUGUUGUUCAUAUUUGCCAUAAUAACAGUGCAGCAGCUAUUUCAUCUAUAUUAUGACGAAAAAAAUGUAAUGGUAAAUGAUGAUGUAAAAGAAGCCGACGCAUCUAAACUAUCAAGUGCAAGUGUACUAAACAAUGACAAGAAUGAAACAAAUCAUGAAACUGGAGAGAAAAGUGAGAAAGCAAAUGAAACUCAAAGCGAAAAGGAGAAAUCUAAUAAUUCAUGUGCAGAUGAAAGAUUAAACGAAGAUGUACCUGAUGAAUGUAACGUUUGCGAUGAAAAUAGAAUAUACAAAGUAUUUAAAAAUCUCAGAGAUAAAUUUAGCUCUGUUAAUGACAUGUAGAUGUUAUAAAUAAUUUAAUCUUAU